AUGGAGGCAGAUCCUGAGGAAUACGAUGAUCAGAGAAUGGAGGAGCUGAAAGAAAGGUAUCCAAAUUAUGAUGACAUGGAUAUAGAAACUUUAGAUAGCGAAUUAUUGUACCUUGAUGAGGAUCUUAAAGAAGGUGAAACCAAUGAGGAAAUGGAAGAUAUUCAAAAGGAGAUUGCAUACGUAAAUGAACUAAGAAGGAGAAGGCUAUUGGAGGAGCAUGAAAGCGAACAGCAGGAUCUUACACGGGAGCAACUAGCAGAAAGAUUCCCUGACUUAUCUGAACUAUCAUACGAUGAGCUACUGGAUAGGGGAGACAAGCUGUUGAAUGAAAUGAUACUAUCAAACCUAGACAAAAACAGUUUUAAAGAAAAGUCAGAAGAACUGAGGUACAUCAGAAUGCUAUCAAGUGAUUACCAAAGAGAGUCCAGUCUGAAUAAACUAUUAAACCUGAGAGAUAAGGUGAAAAGGAGAAAGUUAAUCAAACGUGAUGACAACAGGAAACUAGAAUUGUUCAAGAUAUGGGCAAGGGAAAACACAGGCAUUUUAUCAGCUGUACUAAUUUCCACAACCACCGUAAUCGUAGGACUGAUAGCUGCAACUAGAAACAUAUUGUGGAAAGUUAGUGAUUCAACAGGAAAGCUCGAUAAACGGAUCAGUAAGAUGGAAGGAGGUCAAAUAAGACUACCACCUGUAUUCCAGAAGAUAGCAGAUGGAGUAGAGUUAGCUGCGAACAAUAUAUGGAUUGUUGCCAUUUGUGCGAUAGCAGGGCUACUCUAUGCUUACAGCUAA